ACAGUCCCAGAAUGCAACAGCACCCGGGAAGUACCUCACGAGCGCGGAAUAGGAAAAUAACACCAUGCGAGAAUGAAACCUGCAGGAUUUGACAGCUUUUGACCUUCAUACGCCUUAGAGCGGGGUUUGACUCCUCAGUGGACUAAAAUCUAGCUAAUGAAUGCAUUUUAUUUGCAACAGUUUUCGUAUUUUGCCUUUGUGACCAUAAUUUGAGCGAGACAGCGUGGAGUCAGGCCCUCGCGCUGGCAUCUUUCAAAGCUAACAGUUGGUUAGCUGUGAUGCACGGAGUCUCGCCCUCUUAACUCUGUGGCUGAAGUACAGUCAGCCAGUACAUUUUACAUUUGUGCCUCUUGUUAAAGCACAAUGUCGGGCUUUAACUUCGGAUCUGGGACUCUCGGUUCCACCAACCCGGGUGGGGGAUUUAGCUUCGGCGCAGCCACCAGUGCGCCUGCCGCCAGUACAGGUGGCUUCAGUUUUGGAAGUGCUCUGGGUACAGCAGCAGCAGCAGCAGCAGCAGCGGCAGCCACCCCUGCCUCCACCACCAGCACCACCCCGGCUCUCGGCUUAGGAGGCGGCCUCUUUGGUCAAAAACCUGCUGGUGGCUUCUCAUUCAACACGCCUGCCUCAAGUGCUGCAGCACCCACUACUGGCCUUACAUUAGGCACCCCUGCCUCUACAGCUGCUCCGACAGGCUUCAGUUUGGCUUUCAACAAGCCUGCUGCCUCGGCCACACCUUUUUCCCUCACCACCACCACCUCCUCGUCAGCCCCUGCGGGGACGGGUUUAACAUUGGGCUCUGUCCUGACCUCUACUGCACCACAGCAGCCUGCAGCCACAGGUUUCAGCCUCGGCCUUGGCAGCACGACGGCAAGCACAGCAGCCCCCACAGGCCUGUCACUUGGUGGGAGUCUCUUCUCUAGCACUGCAGGUUUGGGUCAGACCACUCUGGGAGGAGGAGGGGGUCUAACGUUGGGUUCCCUGGUAGCUACCUCCACAGCUGUGUCAGCAGCCCCUGCUCCCAGUGUUGGCCUGGGUGGGGUUGACUUCAGCACCUCCUCUGAGAAGAAGAGUGACAAAUCUUCUGGAGCCAAUGCACUGGAUAGCAAAGCUUUGAAAGAUGAGAACCUGCCUCCGGUCAUCUGUCAGGAUGUGGAAAAUUUCCAGAAGUUUGUGAAAGAGCAGAAACAGGUGCAGGAGGAAAUCAGCAGGAUGUCCUCUAAGGCUAUUACUAAAGUUCAAGAUGACAUCAAAAGCCUCAAACAGCUUCUUUCUGUCAGCGCGAGUGGUUUGCAGCGCCAGGCUCUGGCCAUAGACAAGCUGAAGCUGGAGACAGCACAGGAGCUGAAAAAUGCUGACAUUGCACUGCGGACACAGAAGACCCCCCCUGGCCUUCAGCAUGAGAACACAGCCCCAUCAGAUUAUUUCCGUAGCCUGGUGGAGCAGUUUGAGGUGCAGUUGCAGCAGUACAGGCAGCAGAUAGAGGAGCUGGAGAAUCACCUCACCACUCAGAGCAGUGGCUCCCACAUCACACCUCAGGACUUGUCCCUGGCCAUGCAAAAGUUAUACCAGACGUUUGUUGCGCAGGCUGCCCAGCUCCAGUCUGUCCACGAGAAUGUCAAGAUCUUGAAACAUCAGUACCUCUCUUACCGCCGGGCCUUCUUAGAGGACUCCACUGAUGUCUUCGAGUCCAAGCGGGCAUCCAACAGGAAGUGGCAGAGCGCGCCGCGUGUCACCACCGGGCCUGCCCCAUUCUCCAGCGUGCCAAACGCCGCAGCGGUUGCCAUGGCAGCCACACUGACCCAGCAGCAGCAGCCAACUCCAGGGACCCAGGCACCCUUGGGGGCAGGGUUCGGAAACCCCUUUGCCUCGGCAGUGGGCACUAGCUUGGGCUCUUCCAGCCUUGGAGGUUUUGGUAGUGGUCCAGGAUUUGGUGGGGUGGGGACUGGGGGCUCUUCUUUCGGCUUUUCCACUGCCAGUAAACCCACAGGAGGCAGUCUGAGUGCAGGUUUUGGUAGCACCAGCAGCUCAGGCUUCAACUUCAGUAACCCUGGCAUCAACGCCUCGGCUGGCCUAACCUUUGGAGUGUCUAACCCACCUGCUGCAGGCUUCGGUGCAGGGGGGCCCCUGCUCCAGCUCAAGAAGCCCCCUGUUGGCAACAAGAGGGGCAAGAGAUAGAAUCAAUGAAAAGUCCAGCCCUCUCACAAACUAGAUAGGAGCUUCUGGAAUUUCAAAGCCUGGUCUCCCAAAAGCAUAUCAGCGUUGUAAAAGUCUUUAUCCAACACAAGAACAAAGGAAAUGUAAAUUUGAGGAAAUGUAAAUAGGGUUUUUUCCCCCCAAAAAGCCAUCCGGGAUAUGAUUGGAAAAGCACUCUCACAUUAAUAAUAAAUGAGAAAUGUGCAUUCAUUGCUCAGUAAACACUGAAUUCCUGGAAUAAAAGUCAGAUAAAAGUCCCAUCACUAAAUAUAACCAGCGGUGUUUUUUCUUAACACUUUUGUUCUAUAUCAUCUACUACAAUACCCACACUGAUUUGAUCCCAGCUGCCAUUUCCUAAACCAGUAUUGUCUGUCCAGAUUAAUACGUAAAGUUGCACAGUUGCCCCUACAUAGUAACUUAAGUGAUAUUUUACUUUGGUAAAACGUUUGAAAUUGUAUUAUUCGGGUCUCAUUUUUCUUGUUUGUAAAUGUGCUUUGCAUUAUUGGUUUGCAUUAAAAAAUGUGGUUCUGAUUACUGUUCCUCAAAGCAUCCAGUUUUAUGGUUGACCAUUAAUGGACUGCUGUAGUUGUGUAUAAUUGUUUUUCUCUACCAAAGUGAAAUAUCAGCCUUAAGGGCAACUCAAGUACAUUGCCAACCUUUUGUGGCGGUGGAGGCAGCCAUUGUUCCCCUCAGUAGGGAAAGUGGGACCAAAUCAAUAUAGAUGACACAGUGGGGUGUCAGAAAAGACUUUUGUAACAUUACUUUUUAAUUGCUUGUGUAAUUUUUACAAUGAAUUGGUCCAUUUGCAUUGCCUCAAAGUGUUGCCUUUGCAUCAGGGCCUUUUCACACUGCAGUGCUUUUGGGAAUACCAACCAAGGACAGAGUUGGGUCAGUUAAGUUGAAAAUGUUUCCAUGAUCCUUAAGGAUUUGCUAGUCUGACUGUAGUGCAAGAUGGGCAUGUUUUGCACUUUGGGGGGACAAUGCAAUUCAUUCCUUUGGUGUUAGACAAGAUCAAUAAAUCCCGGAAAUGUACCUGAAUGCAUUUCAGAUAAUUUGACCCAAAUCAUGUCCAGGAAAGGGUAAGAGAUAGCAAAGGGAAAGAGGGUAAUAAAGUAAUAGUGGGGUGGCAACGGUUUUGUCCAUGUCCAAAGUUUAAAUGGAGUGUAUAAUCUGAUCUAAAUACUUUUAUAGGAACAGGAGUGUCCAGGGUGGGUUUUUGGGGAAGCACAUUUUUAUUUUUGUAUCAAGAAGAGAAAGAUGACUUUUGGGAAGGUAAACCAGGACUACCACAUUGGGAUAGUCUAUUACCAAGUCCACAUAACCUGUGUUGUUUUUCUUAGCGUCCGCCCUUAUUUUCUUUGUUCCAUAAUUGCUUUUUAGGCAUAUUUUCUGUACCCCUGCCAGUGUGUGUGCACAAACGUAAGGACUUGAGAGAGAGGAAGCUGUGCUGUUUGUACUACAUAGCUCCCAUUAAAUGUUUGUUGAAUCUGAAAGGGAUUUGACGAGCUGAUCCUUCUAAGUACCCAACUCUCUGUAUGUAUGUCCUAGAAUAAAUUUGCACUUGCCAGUGUGUAUGAACUGUCAGUGAUCGUGUGAAUGUGCAUGCGUGCAUACAGUACAAGUACUCUGUUAUAGUAAAUUACUGAUUUGUUUUGAGCGAAAAGGGGAAAGGAGAAAGAAAAAUUUCAUGCUUUUUGAAAUGUCCACGCUGUUUUUCUCUUACCAAAUACUUAGUUGUGCUAUUAUUUUCUAUUACUUACAGUCGGUGUAAAGCUGUAUUUUCAAAGAGCUCUUUAAUAAUAAAACCUUAAAGAUGGUG